CCGUCGUAGGCUACGGGGUUAGGAUGCUGGUGUCGUGUCCGCCUGUUCUUUCAAGUUCCGUAACGGAGUAACUUGUAUUCUUCCAUAACCUCUGUGCAUUAGCAAAGGGGCAGCCAUCCGACAACUGGAACUAAUGGCUGUCGUUUUCCCACACUUCCCACUUCCUUCACUCUCAUCUUCACCUUCUUCUUCUUCUUUCUCUCAACCUUCACCCAGACCCCAAUUUUUUGCAUCCUCUGCAUCUCCCAUGGACAAUUCCCCCAAAAAGUUCAUGGAUUUCCCAUUUGUCACUGCCCCGCGUAGGAACUUGAUGAUCGAUCUCGUAUCCACGAUGGAGCACCGUCUACAGUCUCAACUCAAACCAUGCACUUUACCUUCCGAUUUACAACAUUACUACAAUCCAAGUAAAACCUCCCAUGGCUCACUUUAUAUCCGAUCAGGCCAUACCUCUUCUCAGGUUGAUUUCAUGCUAGGAAGUUGGUUACACUGUGAGCUGCCAACAGGGGGAGCACUGGAUAUAACAAGCCUUUCAGCUUAUCUGAAUGCUUCCACAGAUGCACCGAAUUUCCUUUUUGAGCUCAUACAGAAUAGCCCAACGUCACUUGUUCUCAUUCUGGAUUUACCACCUCGAAAGGACCCAGUCUUAUAUCCCGAAUACCUUCAAACUUUUUAUGAGAACACCCGGCUUGAAUCACUUAGGCAAGCGCUUGAGAAACUCCCAGAAGUUCAACCCUACUACUCCUCAGCACUUUACAUUCGAUGUCUCACCUCUCCCACAUCGAUCAUGAUCCGAAUCAACAUAGAGGGGACUGAGGGAGACGGACCAGGACGCAUGGAGGAGAUUAUAAAGGAUCACAUAGAUCCCGUGGUGAAAGAAGCAUUGGGGAUAUGGUUGGAUCAAUGUGCUUGUGGAAACAGAAAUGUGGAUGAGGCGGAAAAGGCAUAUUUGGAGAAGAGGGAUGGAUUGGUUAGGAACAAGACAAUUGAGAUUGAUAUAGGCUCAAGCUUCCCAAGAUUGUUUGGGCCCGACGUAGCAAAUCGUAUAUUAGAGGCUUAUGGAAGGGCAUCGCAGAAAGGCAAGCCUAAGGGACGUCACCAGGGAUUAAGCCAACAAAAGAGGCAAGAGAUUAAGGAAGCAUUUGAAUUAUUUGACACUGAUGGCUCAGGUACCAUUGAUGCUAAAGAGCUGAAUGUGGCCAUGAGGGCUCUUGGUUUUGAGAUGACAGAAGAGGAAAUCAAACAAAUGAUCGCGGAUGUGGACAGGGAUGGCAGUGGUGCUAUUGAUUUUGAUGAGUUUGUGCACAUGAUGACUGCCAAGAUUGGGGAGAGGGACACUAACGAAGAGCUUAUGAAAGCAUUCCAAAUCAUCGAUCAAGAUAACAAUGGAAAGAUAUCUGUCCAAGACAUUAAUCGCAUUUCAAAGGACCUUGGUGAACUCUUAUCCCAGAAAGAGAUUCAAGAUAUGAUCGAGGAAGCCGACCGAGAUUGUGAUGGUGAGGUAAACAUAGAUGAGUUCAUGAGGGUGAUGAAGAGAACAACAUAUGGCUACUAGAAGUUGCAUUUCAUGCUCAAGCGAGGGUUGAUUGAAGUCAUGCUAUAGCAGUAGAUAUUGUAAAUAAAAAAGAAAACCAUGUUUUGGAUGUUCUAAAUACUGAAUUUAAUAUUUCAUCAUAUUAAAUACUAUGCUGUUUUUUUAAUUAA